UGCAACUUAGCGCCAGCUCCGAGUUUGAUAGAGAGAAGCGGCAAAGUCGUGUCAGAGGCGUCUGGAUCACAGCGUAACGUUGCACGAAGCUCGUCGCGGAGUCGUUUGGACGGGUUCACUCAGCGGGCUGCAGCCACGAACUUCACCGCGGGCCGCUGGAAAUGAUCGAGUAACUUACGAUGGGUACUGGUAGGCAGAUUGCUGAGGACUAUGUUGAUAAUUCACUACUGGCUCUGGGAUGGCGGAGCUCCCGUCUGGACUCCUGGAGGCAUGUGUGGUGCUCGGGGCCUCCAGUGAUAAGCUUCGGGACGUAUUCCAGCUCCAUCAGCAGACCAAGUUGGACGAGCAGCUCCUGCUGGAGGCGGAGGUGCUGCAGGUCCACGCGCCGCCGUUUGUCUCCAAGGAGACCCACUCAAGCCACGCCAUUGGCCCCGCGUUCAGCCGUGUCCAGCGGAGGAAGAGCUUCAUCAAGAAGAAGAGGCGGGACCGUGGGGCCGAGGCGUCGUCUAAUGGAGACACGCUCAAUCGCGCCGACGUGUCCUCCGCCACAGAGGACAUCAGCGUUCCGAAGGAUCUGGAUCUCAUUGCCUUGCCUCAGCUCUGUUUCCCUGGCGGUCUUCAGUUGACCAAUGAGCACAAAGAGGACGGUUACCACUUCCUGGUCUUUACCGACCUCUUCGGGAACCGAACCCACGGCGUUGUUGUGCAGCACUACAGAGCUGUUCAGUCCUGUCUGGAAGGUGCUGUGCAGAAUGGCCAUAGAUGGAAUUCAUCAAAGUCCCGUCUCUAUGCCCCCUUCGCUGUGUGCGUCAUCUCCAAGUUCCCCUACUACAAUGCCCUGAAAGACAGUUUGUCUUGCCUCCUGGCCCAGCUGCGGACAGCCCGACAAGCUGACUUUGAGGAAACGAUCAAGGAGUUUUCAGCCAAGCUGUCACUCGUGCCCCUGCCGCCGCCUGGGCAGCUCCAUGUGGCCUUCAGCCUCCGUCCUCUUCAGAUAGUUCUUCCAUCCAGAGAGGACCAGGACAGCCCCGUCAUCGACAUCGACCUGCAUCUGCCUUUCCUCUGCUUCACACACACAACGCUGCUCCAGCUGCUGUCCUGCCUCCUCCAAGAACAGAGGAUGGUUUUCUUCUCGUCCGACUGGGCCAGACUCACUCUGGUUGCCGAGAGCUUGCUGCUUUAUCUGCGGCCUCUGUCCUGGCAGCAGCCCUAUGUUCCUGUCUUGGCUGGAGGAAUGCUGGACUUCCUCAUGGCUCCUACUGCCUUUCUGAUGGGCUGUCACAUCAGUCAUUUUGAAGAGGUUGCUGAAGAGACAGAGGACUUAAUCCUGGUCAACAUUGACGAUGGCAUCAUUCAGGCGUCAUGGUCUGAACCAGAUGACCUUCCAGCUGUUCCUUUGGCUGCAACUGAGAUCUUCAUAUCAAGGUCAGAGUGCCUCCAGCUUCAUUAUGACUUGGAGCUGUGUCACCUUGGAGCCGGCACCGAUGUCAAUGCCCUGCGAGGCCAACGCAGGGACUGGCAGAGGCGGCUGAACGCACAGAUCCAAAACAUCGCCCUGGAGCUAGUGGUCAACAUCUUCAGAGGCGUCCAGGACUUUUUAAGCCACGAACAUAGAGUUUUUAACAGCGAGGAGUUUCUGAGGACCAGAGAGCCGUCGGACCAGGCUUUUUACAAAAAGGUAUUGGAAACUCAUAUCUUUCACUCAUUCCUGCGAGACCGGCUCAACAGGAAGUGGGACUCCUUCAGCCGCAUGGAGCAGAACACACGCAACAGUGUUUACAGGAAUCGUGCAAUGACAGAAUCCCCUCGGCGUCCUCCCGUGUCUGACCUGUCCAGGACCGGGUACCGCAGCUACAUCAGCCCUUCCGACCGCCUCAGUAAGAGGCUUGGAGCCAGUCUGCCUAACCUGGAUCAACCCGCCUGUGACUGUGUGACUGCCCUCAGCCUCAAAAGACCUGCCUCUCUUAGAAAAGUGACUCCUGAUUUCGGGCUGAAGUCUCCUCAGGAAGCGGUGAAGGUUUUUAAUCUCCCGGAUUUCCCUCCUCCUUUGGCCUAUCACUAUGUCCAGAACUAUUAUUCUGACAUGGUGGCUUUACUGGGGCGGGCCAUUACCGCUACACCUCCUGACAAGUCCUCUCUGCUGGCCAGGUACCACUACAUGCGUGGUUUGGUGAACACCGUGUCCAACAGGCGCCUGGAUGCGCUGGAGGACUUCCAGAGUCUCUAUAAGACCGACGCAGAUAUUUUCCCCUCGCAGAUGGUUAAGUCAUUGGUCGACUCCCUCCCAGAAGUUGAACGGUUACAGGUGGACAGACGACCAGAAAUCAAGCGGCUGAUAAGUCGCGUGAGGAGGGACCAGGAGCGGGAACGCGCUCACCACGGCAACAGCGCCGAGGAGGAUUCCGUCAAGCGAUUUCAGCUGCCGAAAAAAUACAUGCAGCUGGAGGAGUUUGUGAAAUGCGUGCAGGAGUCCGGCAUCGUAAAAGACCAGGGAGCCAUACACAAGCUGUUUGAUGCUCUGACUGUGGGCCAACAGAAGCAGGUUGCCCCAGAUCUGUUCAGAGUGUUUUACACCAUCUGGAAGGAGACUGAAGCUGAGGCGCAGGAGGUGUGUCUGCCUGCGUCUGUCUUGGAGCAUAUUGAGCCCAGCGAGUGUGUCUUCAAGCUGUCCUCCUCCGUCAAAACCAGUCGGGGCGUAGGGAAGAUCGCCAUGACCCAACGACGGCUCUUCCUGCUGACCGAUGGCCGACCAGGAUAUGUGGAGGUGGCCCAGUACCGCGAUUUAGAGGAGGUGAAGGUGUCCUCCGCUCCCUUCCUGCUGCUGCGGAUCCCCAGUCUGAAGCUGCGGGUUCGGGGAAGGAAAGAGGCGUUCGAGGCCAAUCUGAAAACAGAAACUGAACUCUGGAACCUGAUGAUCAAAGAAAUGUGGGCUGGGCGCAACAUGGCUGACCGACACAAGGACCCACAGUUAAUGCAGCAGGCUCUGACCAACGCUUUGCUGAUGGACGCGGUGGUGGGCAGCCUCCAGAGCAGUAAGGCCAUCUUUGCUGCGUCCAAGCUGGCCCACUUUGACCGCAUCAAGAUGGAAGUGCCGAUGAUGGUUCCUAAGACGACAGCAGAGACACUGAAACACAAAAUUAACCCUUGCCUGGAACUUGCUGCUCCUCAAGCGGUGGAUGUGCUUUUAUACACACCAGGUCAGCUGUGGGUGUCUGUGGGUGGUGGGAAGGUGAUGGUGUUCGAUGCCUCCAGCUGGUCCCUCACACACACCUGUCAAGUCGGUAAUGCAAGACUGAACUGCAUGAUGGGAGUUUCCAGCGAUCAGGUCUGGAUGGGCUCUCAGGACUCUGUCAUCUACAUCAUCAGCAUGGUGGCCCUGGUCUGUAACAGACAGCUGACGGAGCACAGGGCAGAGGUCACUGGACUGGCACUGGACACGGAGAAGUACAGCCAGAAGGUGGCGUACUCGUGCAGUGCAGAGGGAACUGUGAUGAUGUGGGAGGUGUCAACGCUACAGGUGAAGAAGCAGUUUCGUCUUUCCUGUGACCACCUCCAGUCUGUUCACAGCUGCGAUGGAACGCUGUGGUGCUGCUCCAGAGACCUUAUAAUGGAGGUGUGGAGGAGCGGCUCAGUGAAGCGUCGUCUGAGGCCACCAGAGCAGCCCAGCGGGUCCACAGCUACGUUCAGCUCUGUGCUGGUCUUACCUGAGAGGGACGAGCUGUGGACCGUGUGCAUAGGCUUCGGAGAGGUGUGUAUCUGGCAUGUCAAGGACGCUAGCAAACCCUCCCACCACGUGGCCCUGCAGGACUGCACCGGAUGUUACUGCAUGAUUAAAGUGAAAAACCAGGUGUGGGUCGGUUGUGUGGGCCGCAGCUCAACCAAAGGAAAGGUGUACAUCUUAGACACAGAGACCCACCAAGUACUGAAGGAGCUCCACGGCCACAAUGACAAGGUGAAAGCCCUCUGCUCCGCCGAGGACCGCUACGUGCUCAGCGGAGCUGGCAAGCAGGAUGGAAAGAUCGCUAUCUGGAAGGUGGAAUAGAGGCUUUUAAGUGGAAAUGGAUUCACCUGAAACUGCCCCCUGAGAAGGACAGGCUGAGAGUGUGUGGGGGGAAAAACAGAACAGAUCAGUGCGAUUGGGAGGAAUGGCAAGUAAUAAUAUUUUAAAUUGGAGUCUCGACCUGAAUCUGCUUCUACCAUAUGUGAAGGAAUCACGUUUAAGUCAACAUGUUUACAUAAAGUCUCACCAGCUGAGCAGCUUCUGCCCCCUGCUAUGAAGCGGUGAUGAUCUUUUCUUCGGUUGGGUGACAUGAAGGACAAAUAGAGUAAAAAUGCAUUGUGCACAUUCUGCCUCACUUUACUAAAGGUUUCUGCAUUCUAAUAUUCGUAGUUGUACUUUACCUUAUUGUUUCUUUAUACUUUAACCACACUGGUAUUAUGUGGGAACACCGUGUGACUGAUCUCCGUCUUCCACUGUGAGCUUCAGGUGAAUCUCCACAGUUCAAACGAGUCGGAUUACCCCAAACACAAAACGCCUGUGACCGGACGUUUCACCACUGCUGUGCAAAAGCCCUUUUUAAAGUUUGUUUUGAUGAAAGCGGUGCUUCAACAGACACUGAAAGGCAGAGAGUGACGGGGAGACGUGAUGGAAGGCGAUACACGUUGAUGGCAAGAAACCUGAAACAUAGCACUGAUGUGAUGUACAGUGAGGUGUUUUAAAGAGCUCACCAAAACUGGAGUUUAUUACUUAGUAAAAACAAAAAUAAGAAGGAACCCCCAGGGACCAGAUACCGACCUGCUUGUUUUCCCUACAUGAGCUUCAACAUAUGAGAGUCUGUGGGAAAGUAAAAUGUAAUAAUCACAAUCUGGCUAUAAAAUCUCCCCUCUGUAUUAAAUAUUUAGUUUUUGAUUCAUUUUGAGGUUUUAUAAGUAGUUGAUAAAUUCACAGGAUGUUCAAUCGAAGAUCAAACCGAGCUGAUACAUCGAUUACAUAUUUAUUUUAUAUUUAAAGUGUUACUGUUAACCAUUAAUAUAAUAAUACAUGUUUUAAUAAAUGACAGAUUAACAGUCGUAUUUACACUUUUUUAUGUUUGUAAGACUUUAUAAAAAAUAUAGUUAACAAGAUGUUUUAACCAAGGAUGAAUAAAGUUUGAUCACUUUCAAAUUGUAAA